UUCUCCCAUGCAGUUGUCUUUCAUCACUCCCAAACUCCCUUUCUUUCUUUAGUUUUCUCUGCUCUCUCUCUCUCUCUCUCUCACACAUAUUUUCUCUUCUUCUUCAUGGCUGCCCUAUCUCUCUGUCCUCACCUUGUCUUAGGCACUCUUAUUCUUAUAUAUCUCACUCCUUCCACAUAGUCCCACACACCCAUCUUGAAGAUAACUUUUAGUUUUGUGACAAACCCUCUCUCUCUCUUAUCUCUCUGGCUAAUUUUCUCCCAUUUCUGUCAGACAACAAUGUCUAGCCGAAGAUCGCGCUCGAGACAGUCAGGCGGAGUUUCGAGGAUUUCUGACGAUCAGAUCGCCGACCUCAUCUCUAAGUUACAACAACUCAUUCCCGAGCUUCGCUUGCGCUCCGACAAGGUCUCGGGUUCAAAGGUCUUGGAAGAGACUUGCAACUAUAUCAGAAACUUGCACAGAGAGGUGGAUGACCUAAGCGAUCGUUUAUCCGAGCUUUUGGCUUCUACUGAUAGCAAUAGUGCUCAAGCAGCCAUUAUUAGGAGCUUACUCAUGUAAUACAACUUCAGCAUUUCUAUCUUUCUGUUGCUAUCUUGAUCUUCCGUCUAGGGUUUUGGUCAGUAGGCCAAGAUAUAUUUAUAUAUAUAGGAAUGAGCUUGGGGGCUUCAUGGUAUGCCUUAUGCUUAGCAUAGAGUUGUAUUGUUGUACUACUUGACUUAUGUUAUAUAUAUAAUAAAUAAGUUUGCAUUUA